AUGCGUCCGAGCAGUGACCCUCUCAAUGCUGGCGGCGUACCAAACGGCUUCGUGGUACUCGAGCCGGAUAAGGGAGACUUCUACUCUGAGCACGUCCCUCCGGGCCCAAUCUACACGCCCAACACAAUUUUCCACAAGGCCGACGCAGGGACCUCGGACCCUACCCAGUCUGUCGACGAGACUUACACAUUCGAGUGUCCUGAUGGCCGAGGCGCAACCGCUGUCCUUCGCGACUUCGGUCUUCGAGAGGGGUACAGGAGCAACCGCCGCUUCUCCGACUACGUUGCGAAACACCACUCGUCUUGGUACGAGCUUGCAACCAAGUCUGGCUUUCCUAUCCGCCCAGAGGCGAUUAUCCUCGUCUCUGGUUGGCUGAAGACCACCAAUUGGGAGACCGCGGCCGUCUCGAACUCGGGCCCUGCGGUCGGCCUCUCGUUCACUCUCGCCGAUCGUUCACUCUCGCUCCAAAUUAUAUCUGGACGCACAGGCCGUCACGUGGAUACGGACUACCGCUGGAGUUCAGCCGACGACCCCCGGUUUGCAACACCCGGUGCUCCGACAGAGCAGCAAAAGCUACCUCGCGACCAGUGCUUAUUCCGCCGUCCCACUGCGACUGCCGCCGUGGCCUGCUAUGAAGACUUUUACUCUGUCUUCCCACCCGACAAGUACCUGAAUGGGGUGAAGAAGAGGCAUGUCAUGAAGAGAAUCUUAUCUCAUGACGUUAAUGUCCGCUUAGGCGAGCACGGUAUGGCCUAUAUGUGCAGGGAUGACGACGCACGUACGGCUUCAGAGAAAGACAUGCGCCAGGAAGACAUCGCUCUUACUGCCAUCGCAUCAAGUAUUCCUACUGGUGCAACAUCAGAGACAGCCCCGGUCACUAAGCGCGCAAGUGUUGAGGAACCGCAGUAA